AUGGAGGCGCCCCGGGGCCGCGGCGGGUUGGCGGCGCUCUGGUGCCUCGGGCUGCUGGGGGGCCUGGCGCGCGUCGCGGGCACGCACUACCGCUACCUGUGGAGGGGCUGCUACCCGUGCCACCUGGGCCAGGCCGGCUACCUCGUGAGCGCAGCUGACCGGAGGCCAGUUCAGAUGUGGUACCCAUGCUGGGCCAGCCUCCUACAGGAGCUCCUGGGAGUGUCCGUGGGGUCCAUGGAGUUUGCAGUCUGGCAAUCUCAGAUGCGAGGGGGGGUGUGGUGUGCAAGUGUCCAUCAGUUUGGUGUCUUUGUGGCCCACAGGCUGCCGGGCUCCCCAUGUGUCCUGCUCAAGGACACAGCCCCCGGGGCGGGCUCGCCCCCCGGCCAGGUGCCCGAGGGCUUCGGGGUGCAGUGCCUCUGCGACGUGGACGAGUGCCAGGUGCACAACGGCGGCUGCCAGCACAGGUGUGUGAACACGCCAGGCUCCUACCUCUGUGAGUGCAAGCCCGGCUUCCGGCUCCACGCGGACGGCAGGACCUGCCUGGCCAUCAACUCCUGCGCCGUGGGCAAUGGCGGCUGCCAACACAACUGUGUUCAGCUCACGGUGACCCAGCACCGCUGCCAGUGCCGGCCCGAGUUCCAGCUCCAGGAGGAUGGCAAGCGCUGCAUCCGGAGGAACCCGUGUACGGAUCAGAACGGCGGCUGCAUGCACACGUGCCGGGCGCUCCGGGGCCUUGCCCGCUGCGAGUGCCACGCCGGAUACCGGCUGGCGGCGGACCGCAAGGCCUGCGAAGAUGUGGAUGAAUGUGCCACAGGCCUGGCCCAGUGUGCCCACGGCUGCCUCAACACUCAUGGGUCCUUUAAGUGUGUAUGCAACGCAGGCUACGAGCUGGGAGCUGAUGGCCGGCAGUGCUACCGGAUCGAGAUGGAGAUAGUGAACAGCUGCGAGGCGGACAACGGCGGCUGCUCCCACAGCUGCAGCCACAGCAGCACAGGGCCCGUGUGCACCUGCCCCCGCGGCUACGAGCUGGACGAGGACCAGAGGACGUGCAUUGAUGUCGAUGACUGUGCCGAUUCCCCGUGCUGCCAGCAGGUUUGCACCAAUAGCCCUGGCGGCUACGAGUGCAGCUGCUAUGCCGGCUACCAGCUUGGCGCCGAUGGCUGCGGCUGUGAGGACGUGGACGAGUGCGCCUCCGGCCGUGGCGGCUGUGAGCACCGCUGCACGAACCUGGCCGGCUCCUUUCAGUGCUCCUGCGAGGAUGGCUACCUGCUGGGCGAGGACCGCCGGGGCUGCAGCCCCCUGGAGAUGCCCGAGGUGGGCCUGGACGGCCACCUGCCCCUGGUGCAGCCCCUCCCGCACAUAGCGGUGCUCCAGGACGAGCUGCCCCACCUCUUCCAAGAUGACCACGUCGGGGCCGAGAAGGAGGCGGCGCGGGGCGAACACACACUGCAAGAGAAGUUUGUCUGCCUGGAUGAUUCCUUUGGCCCAGAUUGCAGCUUGACCUGCGCUGACUGCAGGAACGGGGGGACCUGCCUCCCCAGCCUGCGUGGCUGUGACUGCCCCGACGGCUGGACCGGGCUCAUCUGCAAUGAAGCUUGUCCCCCAGACACCUUCGGGAAGAACUGCAGCUUCUCCUGCAGCUGUCAGAACGGCGGGACCUGUGACCCUGUAACGGGGGCCUGCCGCUGCCCUCCGGGUGUCAGUGGAGCCCGCUGUGAGGACGGCUGCCCCAGAGGCUUCUACGGCAAGCACUGCGCUAAGAAGUGUCACUGUGCCAACCGGGGCCGCUGCCACCGCCUCUACGGGGCCUGCCUCUGUGACCCGGGGCUCUACGGCCGCUUCUGCCACCUGGCCUGCCCUCCGUGGGCCUUCGGGCCGGGCUGCUCGGAGGAGUGCCAGUGUGAGCAGCGGAACACGCGCGCGUGUGACAGGAGGGACGGCAGCUGCGCCUGCAAGGCGGGCUUCGGGGGCGAGCGGUGCCAGGACGAGUGCCAGCCGGGCUUCUUUGGGCCAGGCUGCUGGCAGGCGUGCACCUGCCCCCCGGGCGUGGCCUGUGACCCCGUCAGCGGCCAGUGUGGGAAGCAGUGUCCUGCCGGCUACCAGGGGGAGGACUGCAGCCAAGAGUGCCCGGCCGGGACGUUCGGCAGGAACUGCUCAGGCUCCUGCUCCUGCGAGGGCGCCCCCUGCGACCUGGUCACGGGGCGGUGCCUGUGCCCUCCUGGGAGGACCGGGGCUGACUGUGGGGCAGAUUGUCCUGAGGGUCGCUGGGGGCUCGGCUGCCAGGAGAUCUGUCCGGCGUGCGAGCAUGGUGCCUCCUGUGAGCCUGAGACCGGAGCCUGCCUGUGCCGCCCCGGCUUCACGGGCAGCCGCUGCCAGGACACUUGCCCAGCAGGGUGGUUUGGGCCCAGCUGCCAGAUGCGAUGCUCCUGCGUCAACGACGGGCUCUGCCACCCGGUGACUGGCCACUGCAGCUGCGCCCCAGGGUGGACCGGCCUCAGCUGCCAGAGAGCCUGUGACAGCGGCCACUGGGGCCCCAACUGCAGCCACACCUGCAACUGCAGCGCAGGCCACGGGAGCUGCGACGCCAUCAGCGGCCUGUGUCUGUGUGAGGCCGGCUAUGUGGGCCUGUGGUGCGAGCAGCGGUGUCCCCAGGGCUACUUCGGGCCGGGCUGUGGGCGGCAGUGCCAGUGUGAGCACGGGGCAGCCUGUGACCAUGUCAGUGGGGCCUGCACCUGCCCGGCCGGCUGGAGGGGAACCUUCUGUGAGCGCGCCUGCCCUGCCGGCUUCUUCGGAGUGGACUGCCACCGCGCCUGUGACUGCAGCAGCGGGGUGCCCUGCGACGCCGUAAACGGCUCCUGCCUCUGCCCUCCUGGCCGUCGGGGUCCCCGCUGUGCCCAGACCUGCCCAGCCCACACGUACGGCCACAACUGCAGCCAGGCCUGCUCCUGCUUUAAUGGGGCCUCCUGUGAUCCUGUCCACGGGCAGUGUCACUGUGGCCCUGGCUGGAUGGGGCCCACCUGCCUACAGGCCUGCCCCGCGGGCCUCUACGGCAAGGACUGCCAGCAUUCCUGCCUCUGCCUGAACCGGGGCACCUGUGACCCCGUCUCAGGCCACUGCAUCUGCCCCGAGGGCUGGGCUGGGCUGGCCUGUGAGGAGGCCUCUGCAGAGUGCCCCCCGGGGUUCUCCGGAGCCGGCUGCCAGCACGUCUGCGGGUGCCUCCACGGCGGCCUCUGUGACCGGCACACAGGCCACUGCCGCUGCCCAGCCGGCUGGACCGGGGAUGAGUGCCAGAGCCCCUGCCCGCCCGGCUGGUUUGGAGAGGCCUGUGCCCAGCGCUGCCAGUGCCCACCCGGCGUUGCCUGCCACCAUGUCACCGGAGAGUGUCACUGUCCCCCAGGCUUCACUGGGCCCGGCUGUGAGCAGGCCUGCCCGCCCGGUGCCUUUGGGGAGAACUGUGGGCAGAAGUGUCAGUGUCCCGGCGAGGACCAGGCCUGCCACCCUGCCUCAGGGGCCUGCGUGUGUGCUGCUGGCUACCACGGUGCCGGCUGCCAGCAACGGUGCCCGCCCGGGCGGUUCGGGCCCGGCUGUGAGCAGCUGUGUGGGUGUCUCAACGGGGGCUCCUGUGACGCGGCCACAGGGGCCUGCCACUGCCCACCUGGGUUCCUCGGAACGGACUGCAGCCUCGCCUGUCCACACGGCCGCUUUGGCCCCCGCUGUGCCCACGUGUGCAGUUGUGGGCAGGGGGCGGCUUGUGACCCCGUGACCGGCACCUGCUCCUGCCCCCCCGGGAGGACCGGCGUCCACUGUGAGCACGGUUGCCCCCAGAACCGGUUUGGUGUGAACUGUGAGCACAUGUGCUCCUGCAGGAACGGGGGCCUGUGCCACGCCGCCAGCGGCAGCUGCUCCUGCGGCCUGGGCUGGACUGGGCUGCACUGCGAGCUGGCCUGCCCCGCCGGGCGCUACGGUGCCGCCUGCCGCCUGGAAUGCUCCUGCCGCAACCACGGCACCUGUGAGCCGUCGUCGGGCGCCUGCCACUGCGGCCCCGGCUUCUACGGCCAGGCCUGCGAGCACCCCUGUCCCGCUGGCUUCCACGGGGCUGGCUGCCGGGGGACGUGCGAGUGUCAGCAUGGCGCCGCCUGCGACCCCGUCAGUGGCAGGUGCCUCUGCCCUGCCGGCUUCCGCGGCCAGUUCUGCGAGAAGGGGUGUGAGCCGGGCUCAUUUGGAGAAGGCUGCAACCAGCAGUGUGACUGCGAGGAUGGGGUGCCCUGCGACCCUGUCACCGGCCACUGCAUAUGCCCCCCGGGGCUCAUGGGGGCCACCUGUGACCUGGGCUGCAGAAGCGGCUUCUUCGGGCCAGGCUGUGCCUUGCGCUGCUCCUGCGGGGGUGGGGCUGACUGCGACGCUGUCAGUGGGCAGUGCCACUGCGUGGACGGCUACAUGGGGCCCAUGUGCCAGCAGGGUGGGCCCUCCCAGUUCCCCGAGACCCCAUCCACAGCCCUGGGCCCAGGUAAGGGGGCCGGGGGCAUCCCCACUUUGCCAGGAGGGUGGCAUUUGGUGGCAUCGCGUGUUCGUUACCAGCAGACUGAGGCCAGAGGAGGGGUGAGAAUGGGGCACUUGCGUGUGAUCUGGGCCCCACUGGGUGCUGGGCAUUCCAGAAUCUGGACCGCAGAGACGAGGCGUCGGGGGCAGCUGGGGAGGAGCGGCUGGGCUGCCCCCCUCUGUCGGGCUGGGGCUGGAAGGACAGGAGGGGAGUCCUGAGCCCAGAGCUCUGAAAACGUGGAGAGUCUGCCCCUGCCCCGGGGUGACCUGCUCGUCUCCUGCCCCUUCAGUGGCUUCACAGUCAGCCUCCCACCGCCCCGGUCUCAGCAGCAGCAGCGCAGAGAAGCAGUAGCUCAGGGGCAGCGCCCGCCGAGGCCUGUCUCCCAGGGGCCGCUGAGAGGACCCA